AGACGUUGAAUGUUGCGGAGCCGUCAAACCAAUAUAAGUGAGGGGGGAACCUGACGCUUCGCAAUUCCUCUCUGACUAAGCACGGCGAAGCUUCGCAGCCCGCAAGAUGCUUUCACGGUUGGAUGAGGGCCGAGCCGAAAUCUCGACUGAGGUGCUCCAAAGGAAAUUAGAAAUUGAUGCUCAGAAUGGCAUUCACCAUCAUUUUAUCACUCCACUGAAUUCAAACGCCGUGAAUUAUACGACAAACAUUUUACAAACCGGAAUCAUCGGGCUCCACACUUCUGCGCUGAUUUACUGCAACAACGACGAUUCCCAGUUCGCCAUGCGCCACGCCGGAUCGGGCAAGAUAUACGCGGGGUUUGGAGUCAAAAGAAACCCAGCUGGAGAGCUGCAGUGGUUUUCCUUUACGCCAGGGGGAUCUGGCUCGGAGGACUUUAACACGUUUUCUGAACUCCCGAAGAAAGGAGAGUACUUCUUUCUGGAGGUGAUGUUUCCAAGCGGCAAUACCGUUGAGGCACGCUACAAUGGUAAACAGAUUAUUUCACUCCAGGUAAACAAGAUCUCUACCGUUGAUCGAGUCAUCUUUCCUCCGUCGUCAGACGUCAGGUUCAUGGAGCUUCAUUGGAUGGUCCCCGAUAACCAGUUACCCGUGUUAUUCAAAAAUAAGAGACCCUGCGUGCACUCUUCAGCUAAACUGUAUGUUGGGAGCACCUGCGUCAUUAAGGGCAACUACGCGGAAAAUGACAGCAGCAAACGUGGCAAAAUCGAGAUGAAGGUCAAUCAACAGGUAGUGACCUUUCCGGCACCGUCGCAGGAACAGACCGUGUUGUGGAAGUUCCACAUUCGUGGAGCAGAUGCCAUCACCGCUAAUGGCGACACGGCCUUCAUCGCGCGCAAGGACCUCCCCCAGGAUGCUUACGUGAUCAGACCUACCAAGAACCUCCAGGUGACAUCUGUAACAGCGGAUGCCAACACAUUCAGGCCCUGGAAGUAGAUGCCACAUAGUACGGCGCCUGAUACCGGUGCCAUUACAAAAGGGGUUGGUUUCA